UGAGCAGCAAUCCUACCGAAAUCUGGAAGAUAAUUAAACAGUAAGAUUCACGCUUCCAAACGAUAUACAGUCUAUAAAAUCUUGUGUAUGAUUUUUAUUCGUUUACACAAUAUAACUCGGUAAAUUUUCUAAAAUAUUUUGACACUUAACAGAAUUCUAUGUAUAUUCAAGUAACAUUGUAAGAGCGAGAGUUACGUCGAAGGUGGCAUAGCGACGGCAGCGUCAGCGCGCUAGGGGAGGGUCACGGCGGUGGAGGUGUCGGCUAGUGGAGGUGGCGCGGGCGACGGGGCGAUUGGAACGUGACCUACGCAGGAGAUGUCGACUACAAGAUGACAGCGGCCGUAUGACGACGCUGGGCUGUCUAGCUGGUGAACGCCGUUGCCUCGACACCGGCUCGACGCGACAGCAAACGCCGGGAAACGUCAGGAGCUUCGUGCACGAGGUGCAGCUACAGUCAAGCGAGUAGGGCGGACCGAGAUAAAUAGAUAGACAGAUAGACGAACAGACGGACCCGACGUCGUUGUCGUCGUCGUUCUCCUCAUCGUCAUCGUCGUCGUGCAAUGCACACGACGACAUCCUGAGGCUGUUCGUGCGCUGCUGGAGUCCCGAAGUGUCGCCGCCGACGAGGAGCGCUGGUCAGCGGCAUGAGCGUCUUCGGGGACUUCCAGCGUGUCUGGGUGCAACGUUUCCCGGACAGCGCCUUGCCGGCUGCUUGGGAGGAGGACGUCCGGGCAAAUUUGGUCAAGCACAAACAGAAGGUCACGGCAUUGAGAGAGGAACUCGAGAAGGAAGAGUUUUAUGUUGAAUAUCUGGAGAGACUGCUGGCCGAUGUUGAGCGACACAAACAGCUGGCCAACAGUACUAAUGCGACAAGCAUAUCUGAGAACAAGCAAGUGGCGGAAUCCCAACAGGAUUGUCAAGCGUUAGAAAAGAAUGCCUCGGCAGAUUCGUCAAAUUCGCCGAGCUCACAGAACGUCGAACCGUCCGCCCUUCCUGCUCUCACAGAACGGGAGGAUAUCAGUAAGUUCCAGGACAAGUGUGUAUCCGAAUUGAGCUCUACUCUCGGCACGGCCAGCAGGAGGCCGAAGAGCGAGAUACCGAGGAGUCCCGAGAAAGUGCCUGAACUUAGAAGAAACAGCGAUCCAGAUGUGCCGAGCAAUUACGUCACUGUGAUCGAGGUCACUGGCAGCUCAAAGAAAGAAAAGAAUGAAGAAUCUCUCAAAGAGGAAGAUGAGAAAGACUUGGAAAAGGCGAUCAACGAGGAUGGUGAGGACGGUGACGCGGAAGCGUCGGAAGAGGAGCCUUACUACGAUUCAGUAGCCCUGGAUCAGACCGGCGAAUAUGUAUACAUCGACGCGCGCGUGCCAGCUGUCAAUAGUAACAACGACGGUGGCAAAGUGGCGGCUCCUCGAAGACCGCCUUCGCUGCCGGACUCGCCAGGCAAUCAGAGUAAUUAUGUCAACAUCGAUUAUUUCAUACAACACAGGGCAGCGAUGGACAGCGAGGAUGAGGAGGGUGCCAGCCCGGCGCCCCCGAUCUUGCUGCGAGCUCUGAGUACCGACAACGAGACCGGCAGCAGCGACGCCGAGCCUCUAAGCUUGAGCGAGGGCAGUCUAGAAUCACCGACUCCUACGACGCCGCGUAGGCAGGAGAAGAGUAAGGAACGCGAGGACGACAGGACGUCGAUGGUCAAGUGCAUCGUGAACUCGGUGGUGGAGAGCGAGGCUGUAUACGUGGAAUGUUUGACUGUGAUGUUACAAUAUAUGAAAGCUAUUAGAGCAACUUUGACAACAUCUCAACCGGUCAUCUCAGAGGAUGAAUUUGGGACGAUGUUCUACAAGAUUCCAGAACUGCAUGGUCUGCAUCAGACGUUUCUGGACGGUCUUCGGAAAAAAACGGAGAAAUGGGACAGCAAGACUACUAUAGGAGAACAAUUUAAGAUUAUGGCCAGUAAUAUAGGAUUAUACGGUGCGUUUUUGCAUAAUUAUGCUCGUGCGACUGAUACUGUGCGACGAUGUUCCGCCCAUUCUACACAGUUUGGAGAAAUCACUAGAGACAUAAGACUCAGAGGUUUCCCGAAGGGUCCGGGUUUAUCACUAGAGGACUUAUUGCACAAGCCAGUUGCACGAGUGCAGAAGAAUGCUUUAGUUUUACACGAUCUCCUCAAGCAUACGCCAGUCAACCAUGCGGAUCACGCGCCUUUAUCAGAAGCUCUGGCUAUGACCAGAAACUUUCUUGAUGAGUUCAAUAUCAUUCAAACGAAGUCCAUGUUUCCGAGUCACGACAGAGCUCAACGGAGAUUGGUGAAGAAUUCGUUCGUAGUGGAGCUGUCUGACGGUCAUAGAAAACUGCGACAUCUAUUCCUCUUCAACGACGUGAUCGCGUGCGCCAAGUACAAAGCAUCCGGCAGGGACAAAUUCACGUUCGAACUGAAGUGGUAUGUGCCGGUGGCGGAGGCCGCCGUUACAGAGGACGGUAUAGAGCCGCGCGAGGCCAGUCCCGCUAAUGUGGUAGCUUUAAGGUCGCAAGCGUGUACGGUGCGCGACCAGAUAUUAUGGGAGGAGCGGAACGACGAGAAGCGUAUCAGACUGGGUGGCAGGGGCUCGGAAAAAAAUCGCAAAAAACUCGCCGAACUUGAGGCCCAGCUAGUGUUGGCUUCACCAAACCUGGUUCUGCGUGUCGCGCAUAAGAGUCAACAGAACCGAGUGCAAAACUCGUACACUUUCUUCCUGUCCAGUGAAUUUGAACGUUCCCAAUGGGUAGAGGCGGUGGAGGCAUUGCAACAGGGCGGACAACCUCCGGGACAAUUGCCUCUGUCAAUGUACGAGUUGCAGGCUUGGGUCACAGCUUGUCGAACGUAUCUGCAGACUGACAUGGGCAGCUACUUGUUGAGGUCGGGACGCGAUGAGAGCUUGUUGCUAGGUGAUCUUCAUCUCACAUUGCUUAGUUUAACUCCACCGGGCUUAGAUAGAGUAGGUGAUCUCUACAUUAUUGUGGAGGUCGACAGCUAUGGACACUACUUCAAGAGAGCACGGAGUCGCGUUGCAAGAGGUCAAGCUCCGAUUUGGGGCGAGACUUUCGUGGUAGAGUUAGAGGGAAGCCAGAAUGUUAGAAUUUUAUUGUACGAAGAAUGCGGGACGCGUUCAGUGCUGCGAGGGAAGUGCAUUCAGCGACUGAGUAGAUCCUGGUUGCAGUCCGAUCAGGUGGAGAGGUCACUCAAUUUGGGUCCUGCAACGUUAGACGUGGGAUUGCGGUUUGUUCCUAGUGAAGUCACCCUGAGGCGAGUGCCGUCAGCUAAACCGCAGGGUUUGUUUGGCGCCAAGAUUCAACAAGUCAGCAAGCGAGAGAAACGCGAGGUGCCUUUUAUAAUAACGGCAUGCGUACGAGAAGUGGAGAGACGGGGCGUCGGUGAAGUGGGCUUGUAUCGCGUCUCCGGUUCCGCUUCCGAUCUGGCGAGGUUACGCAAGUCGUUCGAGAGCAACUCAUACGAAGCGGAACAACUACUCAAAGAGGUGGAUGUGCACUCGGUUACGGGCGUGCUAAAGCUAUACCUGCGCGAGAUGCCGGAGGCACUGUUCACCGAUGCGCUCUACCCGGCAUUCUUGGAAGCUUUUCAGACAGGUGAUUUGUCGCGGGGUGCCGCGUUACGUCGAGUCUACGAGGGUCUGCCGGCCAUCAACAAGGCAGUAAUAGACUUUUUACUGGCGCAUUUGGUGCGUGUCAACAAACAUGAGGCACAGAACAAAAUGUCCUUGCACAAUCUGGCGACGGUGUUUGGACCGACGUUGCUGCGACCUGGUACCAAUUCGCGCAGCGACGCAAAGAGCCGCGAUCCCCUCGCUGCCGGCACCGUUGACGUGAUGGCGCAAGCUGGCAUUCUUUACUGCUUCCUGCAGCUGCAUAUGCAACAGAACAAUCAAUCGCUCUAGUCGACAGAGUCUCCUCCUUUAUCUCGCGUCGUUCGAUUCGGCUCGAGUUCAUUAGCGAGAAACGCGGCAAUCUUUUUUCCGAACGUCGCAAACGAGAUCACUCAAGGCUGUCUGAAGAACGAUCUUCAGGAUCUCAUCGAAAUCGGUUAGAUUGAAUUUUAUGAGCGAUCUGUACAUGUAUCGAAUUUCUUGAACGCGAUAUUUUUAUAUCAAAUCAAAUAAGAUUGCAAUUGAAAAAUCUGUGUGAUGAUUUUGGUUGCAGAUUUCGCGUUUUUUUCUUUUUAAAUGAGGAUUAAUGUGAAUGUUUUAUUUUAAUUGAAAAUUAGCAUUUCUCUUUAAAGAUAUAGCAGCAUAACCGACUGUGAUCGAUGAGAUCAAUAUCGCCAAUCUUUGUCCUUCGGAUAGCCUUUCCUUCACUACUGACGAUCGCAUCACCGGUCUCCUCCUCACCUGUAGGAACGUUAGUUUCGCGCGACGUAUUCCUCUUCGCGCGACUUCCAGAUAGAAGUACGGAGAGCCAAUAAUGCGAAAUGUAUUAAAGCGGUAGGCUGCUGCUGGCUUCGAUGGAACUCCCUCCACAUACGAGGACGGAACUCCCUCUGUAUUCGUACGCGUGCAAAGUAACGUAGCAGAGCUGCUCUUAGAGAACGUACAAGCGUCAUAAUAAUAUAUAGUAUACAUAUACAUAUAUCUUUUUACUUUUGAGGUUCAUAAUAUAUUUUCUACUCCGCGUAUUAUUAUCAGCGAGAGCGAGGGACGUGUGGUCUCUUGUUCGCGCGUGAUUAAAUUUUUCGACUACCUUUCCCGAGAAAUGGAACUUUUGAAACAAGGAUGAAGCAGUCUAGGUGGUGCGAAAGUUUCAGGCGGAACAUUGGCCAAAGAGAAUUGGUACGAGGAAGCAAAUUGAUAUAAAUAUUACGUUAAUUCUUGACUAUUGCAGUAAUAUUUUGUUAAGUACUUGUAUAUUAAGAGAGUAUUCUGAAAAAUCGAAGAGAAAACGAAAAGUCCUAUUAAAGUCUAAGUCUCUGACAAAUGAAAGGAGAACGAAAAGUUUUGUAAAAAAUUUAAAUUGAAAUUUUGAAAGCCUGAAAUUUUUAUGCAUUGUGUGGAAGCGUGCAACCCGAGUGAUAUGAGGAUCUAAGAGAAGACAUUAACAAACUUAUUAACAACUUAUUACAAGCAUUAAAUUCUUUUAAACUUUGGAGACGUUAUAGAAUAUUCAGAACUCUUGAAGUACUUAGGAUAUUCUUCUAGAUGCCUUAUCUUCGAGAAACUUUUCAGACUUCUGUUAGAUGCGUUAAACUUUUAAGACACUUUGGGACAUCUGAAUUUUUUUAGACAUUCUCAGAAUCAUCAAUUUUCAGAAACGUUGAUUAUGCGUUAUAAACUAACGUCCAUUACGCAUUAUACGUGGAACAUGCAAAGACAUUUUCUAAACUCAUCUUUUAAACGUCUCUUGGAUUUUCGUGUCAUUCGAGAAUAAAGUCCGGUUGCGAUCUGUGCUCUAGGAAAUAAGUACUUUUUCACGUGGCGUGUUCCUAGCAGAGAAUCUAAAUCUUUUUAUACGAUCCCUUUUGUAUAUCCGUGUUGCAGGAGGCAACGCUCGCUAAUCUAUCGCCGCCCUGAAUAUAUAGUAAUCGUGUGAAUCCUGUAUUCUCGUGUACUCACAAACAGCGUUCAUCUCGCAAGCGCCAAAGCAUCCAGGGAAAGGAAAGAUAGUAUGAAAGAGUGAGAGAGUGCGAAUGAGAGUGGUUCGUCGUUCCCGAAGAUUCGCGUUAUUCGCGGGAACUGCGUUCCGUGUUGUAGUGUGCAAAAUGGAAAACCUACGUUAUAUAUGUAACGUAAUUAUAUCGUCCAUUCCAAUUUACCAGCUCACGAAAUUCUCCGCGAAGAAUCGAAUCUCCCAGAAAGAGAAAGGACGAGUUCGAAUCUUCGUGAAUAGAACAGGAGAAAGAAUAACCGUCUCGGAAAGUGGCAUCAGAAUUUUGGCAUAAAAAGACAUAUGAUUGCGAAAAAGAGAGAGAUUAAGAUUGCCAAGCAGACUGCUUGAUAAUUAAGCUGUGAUUAGACUGAUCGUAUUGAGAACGCAACUACUUUCCAGAUAGUAUAAAUAUCAGAAGGGUGUCUCUAGUUGUCGUGAAUUGCUCAGGCAUUCAUUAGUCAGCUAUUACAAAUUUACAUUUUUCAUAUAUAUACUCGGUUUUAAAGCGGUUCGAACAUAUUUUUUAGAUGCAGUUUGGAACGCAGUAGAUAAUAGUGUUUCGACUUAAUUUCUAGGAAUUAUUCAAAAACAAGUUCUCUCGUGUGCAAUCGGUUGCGUUCCAAAUUGCAUCGAACGAAAAGCGUAUUCAAACCAAAUGUACGUAUGUCUGAAGGCGUAUACUGAACAUCUUAAAUUUGUCAAACAUCCUCUGUCUAAGUUAGAAGUUCUCUGUUCAUUUUGAAUUAAAAAAAAUUUUUUUUUACACACCAAGAGAUGUUUUUCAACUUUACUUUAAUACAUUUUUAUAAAUUUCUUUUUAUUUCGUUGUCAGCAUCGAUAUUAUUCGACGGAGACUUCGACAAACGUGCAGGCUUAUCGUGCAAUUGUUUUCAUUGUUGUCUAAAUACAGCUUAAUGAGACAAGAGCCAAAGAGAAAGGUCCUUUCUCGCGUGUGCCAGGUGUUCCAAAAAAUCAAAUCGAUUUGACCAAUGAAAAUGCAAUAUUUUGCAAAAAUAUAAUGUGUUCUUGUACGAGAUCUUGUUUUUAAGAAGCUCAAUUCUCGAAUGAAUAAAUUAGAAAUAUUUUUCUUUUCUAUAUGUUGAUUUUGAAAGUCGAUAAUCCGACUGUACUAUGAUUUUUGGAACACCCUAUAUACGCCAGAGAAGUUUAAUGUAAUUGAUAAUGAGAAAGAGAGUGAGAGAGAGAGAAAGAGAAAACACAAACGCGCGAGUUCGGCAGUACAAAUCUAACACUCGACAUAUAAAGUCCCGCGCAUUAUGCCAGUCGUCUGCGAGAUUGCAAUAAUUGCACGCUAAAAGAAAGAAAAAACAGGAAUCAGUGACUCAGCUACAUGUUUCUGACCUUUAAAGUAAUAGAAAUAUUCUCGAUUACAAGGCUGAAAAAGAUUAAAGCUCCUUUUAACUUGUGUAGACUAAUAUUUAUUCGAUUAAAGAAAAAACGUAUUUGUUUCAUGUAUUAAACUUUCAUCUUUUUAAUUUCCUUUAUAGUAGAGAGAGAAAGAGGGAAUCAUUUACUGUCACACUCAAUUGCAGUUACGUCACUGAAAAUAAGAAGAAAAGGAAAACAAACCAAGUCUGACGAGAGUGUUCGAUAUAAAUAAAAAACCGAAUAAGUAUUAAAUUGUUUAAUGCUCGAGCGAAGGCAACUAUAUGUAUAUCUCGUGCGUGUGGAGGCAACUGUGCGUGCGUGCGUGUGCUUGUUUCUGUGUGUGCGUGCAUAACUCUCCCUCCCCGUGUAUGUAUUAUACCGUAAAAAAAAAAAUAUUGCAUAUAUACGUUUAAUUUUGAUAUCGUCUUUAGCAUUUUAAGGAGCGUCGUCCCCUUUUUGUACAUUCAUACGAUAGGUGUAAAGACUCGAGUUUUUCUUCGAUUAUAUUAUUUGUGUUAUUAUUAUUAUUAAUAUUAUUAUUACUACUAUUAUACUAUUCUAUACACGAGACACAAUUAUCGUCACCUAGUAAACUAUUUGUUAUGAAGUUCGAUCGAGCUAGCUUGUCCGCAGCGAGACGAUGUACUGCCAAAAGAAGAAAACCACAAAAACACUUAAAGUGCAUAAAUAUAUACCGAAAGUUUAUAAACUUUUA